AGUCUCAGAGGGUGUGAUAUAUGAUUCUUGUUACUGUGCCUAUGUGUCAUUACUUAAGUGUUUGAGAGUAAUGGAGCUGCAGCAGCGUUUUUCUGUGUGUAUAAAUGAAUAUGAAGAGAGAGACACAGAAAACAGGGAGACACAGAAAAAUGAUGCUGUUAAAACAGAAGACAUUUAUCAAUCUCUUCAGUACCCACCUGCAGACCAGGGAACUAUUAAUACAACACUGUUCUCAGAGUUUUCUGAAAGGAAGUUUGUGUUUUUACUGUUUGCUGUGAACAUACUUAUCUCAACCAUCAUCCUUACUAUUGUGGGCCUAAAUUACUCUCACAACAAAGAAACACUACCAAUAAAAGGACAAAAAGAAGUGUGGCUUCUCUAUGACAAUGUGUUUUAUUUGUUCUGGAGUGACAACGGUGACUGCUACGCUGCUGAGAGCUUCUGCUCUAAGAGGAAUGCCAGCCUUGCCAUGUUAUCUGUGUAUAACAAGGUCUGGUUGAUGUCUAGAACCAAUGGAAAACAAUUUCUGGUGUCAAAAGCCUCAUUAGACGGAUCUGGAGACAGUGCUUCUUCAUUUGGGGAUAAUGCUGAUGAUGAGUGUGGCAUCAUGACCUCUGAUGUUGAUACGGAUCAUGGAGAAGGAUUUGUGUGUGAGAGAGUAGGGAACUCACUUCUUCACUAAAGAUGGCCUGAGAGCUGAAACGUUUGUGCUUUUCCGCUUGUCUAAAAUAAAACAACAGAAAAACACUGAAUUCUGAGUGCGAAUAGUUUCAUUUUAGUGAGGGAACCCAUAUUCAGAGCUAAUUUGCAGACUUCGAAUUUUCAUGAAUUUGAUUUGAGAUUCGCAUCAUCAUAUUCAUCCGUACUUCUACCCCUACCCCUUUUCUGGUGAUCCUUGUCUUCUCGAGCAGCACUUGUCCUCGUAACUCCAUGAAUUUUGAAUUUAAGCUGA